AAUAUAUGAGCUAGAAGUUAACAGUUUCUUGGCAAAACAAUUACACAAAGUCAGUUGAUUUUGCGUCCCAUAUCAUGGGAGGCAUUGAGUUUUGGACAUGGGAAAUAAUAUGCUAUUGUUUUAUAUUCUUGACUGGGUUGUUUGGAAACCUGACUGUGAUUAUAGUGGUCCUUAAAAGUGGCUCGGCGAGGCAUCGUUUCCGCGAAGUUCCGUUCAAUAUUUACCUGAUGGCCUUGGCUAUUGUUGAUCUGAUUUUUGCUGUGACUUGCCUACCAGUUUAUGUUUUGUCUACCAAUGUUUUUGACCAUCCUACUGGAGUUCAAGGUGAUAUAUUAUGCAAGCUCAUUACUGGGUACCUCAUCCCAUUUUGGCUAGGUGAUGUCUCCAUAAAUACAUUGCUUAUUAUAAGUUUUGAAAGGCAUGCAGCGAUUUGUAAACCAUUUAAGGCAAUACAGCUAGGCAUCCCAAGAAGAACGUACUUUUAUAUCGCAGGGACCUACCUUGCCGCUUUUGUCCUUCAAAUUCCAACUCUUGUCGGCAUUCGUUGGGCCGGAGUUAAUGGCACAGUGAGUUAUUGCACUUACGUUUGGCCAAGUGAUACUGUAAGCACAUCUAUUUUUGCUGUUAUCUUUACAUGUCAUUUUGUACUUCCUUCUACAAUUUUUCUCAUCAAUUUUUACCGAAUCAAAAAAUGCCUAAUGAAGUUGGAUGGGGACCUUCGACGAUCGCUUGGGGAUGCCAAGCAACGGGUUAAGAUUGUGAAAAGUAAAGAAAAGACAGUACGGAUUGUCCUUGUUGUGCUGGUGGCAUUUUUUGUGUCGUGGACUCCAAACCAUGUUAUGUAUUUUAUGUUUCAGUUUGGUGUGAAACAAUGUCAGCUGGAACUCAAAAUAUUUCCAAGUAGGAUUAAUCCUCGGAUUUUCAUCAUCCUGGCUUAAUCCAUUUUUGUAUGCAUUUCAAAGCAGGAAUUUCCGAUCCCAUUGUCAUAAAGUGUUCAAGAAAAUGGUUGGCGGGCGGUUUACUGGAAGGCCGCAAAGUAGUAGCCAAAGUGGCAGUACAUCUUCUACUGUGAGGACAAAAAUCCAAUUCCAAAAAAUGAAAACUCCUGUUGAAGUUCAAUAAUAUUUUUGAUAUUUGAAAAGCUAGUUUACUCUACUGCAUUGCUCAAAGUGUGUUCUGAUCAAACUUGGGAUGUCAUAGUAGUAAUAGUAUAUGAACUUAAUUUAAUGAGGGAAAACAUUUUAACCACAAAUGUUAUCUUACAUAUAUCCCUGUGGUCACAUAAAUUUUUGUUGUGUUAAUUAGCCCUGGUCAAAUGAGAGUGGGCAAGCAAUAGUUUGCAUGAAGGUUGCUUAACUCUUGUGUGACCAGUUUAAAGUGGAUGAGAGUCAACAAAAGUUAGUUGAGGGUCAAAUGCUAGCGAUAGUUGUAACAAGUCAAUAUCUUCAUUUGAACAGGGCUAAAAGAUGUCAUUGGCAUUGUUUAUAUUUUUCUUUUCUAUACAACCUUCAUUUUUUUCACGCAAAUAUUCAGUUAAACCAAUAUUUUCAAGUACUUUAUUUUUAGGUGAAACAAUCAAACUGCUACUGACGACGGUAAGUGUUUUGCUGGUGUCUGCAUCGUAGGCAAAUUGCGUAGUUGCUCCGGAUGGAAUCUAGUGUGAUAGCGUUCCAGGUUAUUUCAGUUCAGUGAACUAACCACAUUUUGUUAUAUAUCUAGGAGGUCCCCCCGCACCACCUCCCCCACCACCACCAAUGUGAAUGACAUCCUUGUAAAGAAUUCGAUUUCAAUGAAGAACUGAAAAUGAGUAUCCUUGGUAGACUCGGUAAAUUGUUUCUAAUUGAGUAAAUGUAGCAAAUUAUUGGUAACUUGACUGGAUUCCACUUUUUUGAAGUAAUGGCGAUCGUGUGCAGGUGUGCGAUGGGAUGAAGUGUGGAUAUAUCUCUACUCCUCUCUCCUCCGCAGAGGCUUUAGUUUU